AUGCUCGGAUCUUCAAGAUUGAUUUGUAAAGCUGAUACCGCUGACCGAUCCAUCCGAUUCCUUUCGGAAAAAAGCCGGCUGGACAUAGAUCAAGCUGUGGCAGCGGCCCCGAUUGUCGUCUUCAUGAAAGGUACGCCCGAGAUACCACAGUGUGGUUUCUCGCGCGCGAUCAUCCAAAUCCUAGGACGAGAAGGAGUGGACCCCGGUAAUUUCGUGGCGUUCGAUGUUCUAAAGGAGCCGGGGCUACGAGAAGACAUUAAGAUGUACUCUAAUUGGCUGACUAUCCCACAAAUGUACCUGAAUCAACAAUUUAUCGGAGGCUACGAUACCUUGAUCGAGAUGCAUAGGUCUGGCAAUCUGAAAAUGAUGCUCCAAGAGAAUGAUGGAAUAUCGGAUCGAGCAGAGAUCGCCCCUCAUCAUCUGUUGAAGUUGCUUCCUCCAGUGUAG